ACUUUAACUACAUAUCUUUAUUUAAAACAACAAUGGCACCUGCUUAUCCGUUAAGGAGCAGCACCCGGGAUUGCGGUCUGACUCCUCUCUGGCUCGGUUGACUCACCUGGAGAACGGAACCGGGCUGGUCAGGAGGCUCCACGCGCACAAACAUCCGCGUUUCAUCGGACUGAACAGGUGUCGCCGUCAGCUUUAGCCUUAAAAACCAGCACCCAUCAAACAUGCGAUUCUUACGCCGCCGGAUGUCUCCUCUGAAGCUGGCGCUCCUUGGGGGUACUCUUUUCUUGGUGGUCCUGGUGGUUCUUCAGAGGGACGUGGGCUCCUCAACGGCUGGGGACCCCUGGUUACAGGACCUGGCUCACAAAAGGGACGAGAUGAUAAUCAUGGUCCGACACGCCGUGAACAACAUAGGCUUUCAGAUCGGAGCUCCGCAGCCACCACCGAUGCAGGAACAACCCACGGAGAACGCCAACUGUCCCUCUGGAUUUUACACCCUGAAUGAUCUCAGACCACACCUGGAGAGACCACCUCAGGACCCGCAGGGCUUCGGGGCUGAUGGGAAGGCAUUUCAGAAAGAUCACAUGACUCCCGAGGAGGAGAAGGAGAAGCAGGAAGGCAUGACCCGGCAUUGUUUCAAUCAGUUUGCCAGCGACCAUAUCUCCCUCAGCCGCAGUCUUGGAGAUGACACCAGGCCUCCAGAGUGCGUUGAGAGGAAGUUUCCUCGCUGCCCUGCUCUCCCCACCACCAGCGUUAUCAUCGUCUUCCACAACGAGGCUUGGUCCACGCUCCUCAGAACAGUCUACAGCGUCCUGCACACCUCUCCUGCCAUCAUGCUGAAGGAAAUCAUCUUGGUUGAUGAUGCAAGCACUGCAGACCACCUUAAGGGUAAACUGGAGGAGUUUGUGCAACAGCUGAAGAUCGUCCGCAUGGUCCGACAGCCAGAGAGAAAAGGUCUGAUCACUGCCAGGUUGCUGGGGGCCAGUAUUGCUCAGGCUGAUGUGCUCACCUUCCUCGAUGCACAUUGUGAGUGUUUCCAUGGUUGGCUGGAGCCUCUUUUAGCCCGCAUCGUUGAGGAGCCCACAGCUGUAGUCAGCCCAGAAAUCACCACCAUAGACCUCAACAACUUUCAGUUCCACAAGCCCGUGUCCACCAACCGAGCUUACAACCGGGGUAACUUCGACUGGAGCCUGACUUUUGGCUGGGAGCCAAUACCCGAGGAUGCAAAGAAGCUGCGCAAGGAUGAAACCUACCCUGUAAAGACUCCUACUUUUGCCGGAGGCCUUUUUGCAAUCUCAAAGAAGUACUUCGAGCACAUCGGAACAUAUGAUGACAAGAUGGAGAUCUGGGGUGGAGAAAACGUGGAAAUGUCCUUUAGGGUGUGGCAGUGUGGGGGUCAGCUGGAGAUCAUCCCGUGCUCUGUAGUGGGUCACGUUUUCCGGACAAAAAGUCCACACACCUUUCCCAAGGGCACUGAGGUCAUCACUCGUAACCAGGUGCGCCUAGCUGAAGUCUGGAUGGACGAUUAUAAGAAGAUCUUCUAUCGCCGCAACAAGAACGCUGCAGUUAUGGCCAGUGAGAAUAAGUAUGGAGACAUCUCUGAUCGCCUCAGACUGAGGGAGGAGUUGCAGUGCAAGAACUUCUCCUGGUACCUGAACACCAUCUACCCGGAGAUCUUUAUUCCGGACUUGAAGCCCGUCAAAUUUGGAGCAAUUAAAAACCUUGGAUCCAGCACGUGUUUGGAUGUUGGAGAGAACAAUCAGGGAGGAAAACCUCUGAUCAUGUAUGUGUGUCACAACAUGGGAGGCAACCAGUACUUUGAGUACUCAUCUCAUAAGGAGCUACGUCAUAACAUUGGGAAGCAGCUGUGUCUCCACGCGUCGGACCAGGCGGAGCCAGUGAAGAUUGAGCUGUGCCAGUUAAAGGGGAGGGGAACCAGUUUAUCUCCACAACAGGAGUGGAUCUUUACUGAGGACAAUCUUCUGAGGAAUCCAAACAAUGGGAAAUGUUUACAGCUGAGUGGAGACGAGGUUCGGAUGGACUACUGUAAUCCCGCCAAUCUCCACCAGCACUGGACCUUCAGCUGACCUCCCCGUCUGUCCAUUAAGCGUCUCAUUUGUCCCCCCUUUCUUCUGAGACUCAGCAGCUCAGAGCCAAAGCAACACUAACCCUGGAGGACCUGCUGAGGAGCUUUGAGCCAGUAGCAAAAAUGGUGACCAGCAGAUAGGUGGAGGCUGAAGUAAAGAAUUAAAGAGAAAUCAGGGUGGGGUUUAAAGGUUUUAAAUGUAUUUAUGGAGGAAACUCAGGAAAGUGAUUUGUAGCGUGGUUAGGGUUAUUCAGAAAUGCGUGGACUUUGAACGUGGGAGUGGCGGCUGCAGAAAAACUCAGCUCCUGUGAACACAACCUGCGUGUUUUACACUCCAGUAUGAAAAAACUAUUAAUAAAUGGGACAUUUUUUUUUCUUUUUUAUCUGGCGAUGAAUGUUAAAAAAAUUUUAAACAAAAAUAUUUUUUAUUAAAAAUAUUUUGCCUUUUGUAA